AUGGCGUCGUCAAUGAGGGGUAGAAACCUUGAUCCUGGCAAUCUCUCCGACUGGGACGAUGAGGACCUUUUUGGCCCCUCCAGCCCUAAGCAGGGCGACAAGAAUGACAAGACCAAGAACGAUAAGAACAGCAAGCAGAAGACAGAUGCUCUAGGCAUCGACAAGGAGCUCAACUUGAAGAAGAAGCAGAGAGCACCUAAAGUCAAGCUGGAUGACCAACGGUUGCUCUCGGAGAAGGGCAUUCCCAAACUGCGGAAGAUGGCGCCUAGACUCAAGUUCAAGGGCAAGGGUCAUGAGUUCUCAGACACUGCCAGGCUUCUUUCCUUUUACCAAGAAUGGCUCGACGACCUCUUCCCCAAGGCCACCUUUCUGGAUGCUCUAGCCAUGGUUGAGAAGGCCGGCCAUAAAACGACAGUGCGCAACGCCCGUCUGAAAUGGAUCGAUGAGCUGAGACCAAAGGCCUCAUUCGAAGAUGAAGGCGAGGACGAACAUCCCAUUUACACACGAGAUAUGCCCAGGCCUCCAGAAAAAGUGGCACCAGUCUUUGCGAAGGCCACCGGAGCAACCACUGCCCAGGCCGCUUCUAAUGAUGACGGUUCAGGACGGGAGCGAGCCAGGACCCCGCUAAGCCAGACAAUAGAGGAUCUUCUUGGCGAUAUCUACGAUGCCACACCGAGGAGGAAUACCACGACCAACACUGCGCCCGCUCGGCCAGAGCCUGACGGCGACAUCCCGAAUGACGAAGAUAUUGAUGCGCUCAUGGCUGAAGCUAAGGUCCAAGCAGCUCAGAAUUCAGGCAGCAUCUUCGGUAACGGAAUCCGGAGCAAUGGUUCGCAGCCGACGCGGGAGCUUAAUGACGACGAACUGGACGAGUUGAUGGCCGAAGCUGAUGCUUACGGAGCACAGAGGGCUACAACUGCGCCAGAAACCAAGCGUCUACAAUCGACACGAGAAUUGAAUGAUGAUGAACUGGAUGGGCUGAUGGCGGAUGCAGCGGCAGCGGAAGCAGAGGCUAGGGCUCGGCAACGAGCGGCCAGGGCGAGCCAGCCUGCUUCAGGGCCAGCUGCCAACAACAGCAUAUUUGGCGAUGUGAAGCCUGUAUCUCCAACAGAUGAUUAUUAUGGCGACGAUGACGACUUGGAUGCUAUUAUGGUGGAGGCAGAGGCGCUGGUAUCGUCUCAGCAGGCCAAACCAGCUGAGGCAGGGUCGGCUGAUGCCACCACACAGGCCCCUGAGAAACCCGCUGCUGGUGGUGAUGAUGGUGAUGAUCUUGACGCGCUCAUGGCGGAGCUGGAAGCAAGCGCUGGCAGCCACAAUGCAACAUUAGAUGAGCAAAAAGGCGCAUCGGGGGGAGGGACAGGCCAAGCCCAAGAGAAGGCUGGCGGAGAUGGAGAGGCCGAGAUGGAGGGCCUCUGGGAGUAG